GUCCCCGAUGCUUUUAAAAAGGAUUUUAAUCAGAAAUAUGAAACAUUGGAGGGGUAUAACCGACUGGACGACUCUCUCAGUGACCAGGACGUUGAAAUGUUGGACAAGUGGGGGUCAGAGGACAGGGAUCUCGAGUUCUGUGAUCGUGGUAUUUUGAUUUUUUUAUUUUUAGACGAGUCGGUGGGGUCUGGGACAUUUUUUGAUCUUCGAAAGAACCCUGAGAGAUUUACGGGGUAUUCUGGGGAAUCAAGUUGGAAGGUUUGGGACUCAAUCUAUCGAGAAAACUAUGUAAUCCCUCCUACUUGGGGUACCAACGUUGAGGAAUUCCGUCGUCGGUUCAUCAAGGGAACUGUCCUCAAGGAAGAGGCUGUCCAGUGGGUCAAGAACCUCCACCUUCUUUACGCCGUGGAGCUCAGAGCAAUAGCCAAGGCUUCAAAGUACCUUUCCACUGUAAGUCAUUCCUCUUAUUCCAAGUUUCCAGGUCUAACGGGGGACCUUUCUGGCAACGACCAGCUUGUUCUAGAACUUUCUAGAAUGUUAGAGAAUUCAAAGUUUGUAGCUAUUGAGUUGAUUUAUAGAAUGUUUACCAAUCAUUUUAAUGAGUCCUUGUUGUUUAAGGGGAAGAGUAGUGCCUUAAAGGAGAAGUUCAGGAGUAGUUUUAGGAAUAUCUCGAGAAUUAUGGACUGUGUGGGUUGUGACAAGUGUAGACUGUGGGGGAAGUUGCAGAUAACGGGCAUUGGAACUGCCUUGAAAAUACUGUUUUCUGAUUGGAAUCCGAG